CAUGGCCCACCAGCUAGAAAGUAUCCUUGCCAUGGAAAAGAGAAUGUGAUAAGUUGUUCAACUUAUGAAAUUCAAGUUACAUGUGAAUUCUGCCAGGCAAUACAAGGACCUGUGGAAUAUGAGUGAUGACAAACCCUUUCUAUGCACUGCCCCUGGAUGUGGCCAGCGUUUUACCAACGAGGAUCAUUUGGCUGUCCAUAAACAUAAACAUGAGAUGACACUGAAAUUUGGUCCAGCACGUAAUGACAGUGUCAUUGUGGCUGAUCAGACCCCAACACCAACAAGGUUUUUGAAAAACUGUGAAGAAGUAGGUUUGUUUAAUGAGUUGGCAAGUCCAUUUGAGAAUGAAUUCAAGAAAGCCUCAGAAGAUGACAUUAAAAAAAUGCCUCUAGAUUUGUCCCCUCUUGCAACACCCAUCAUAAGAAGUAAAAUUGAGGAACCCUCUGUUGUAGAAACAACUCAUCAGGAUAGUCCUUUACCUCACCCAGAGUCUACUACCAAUGAUGAAAAGGAAGUACCAUUGACACAAAGUGCACAGCCUACAUCAGCCAUUGUUCGUCCAGCGUCAUUACAGGUUCCCAAUGUGCUGCUUACAAGUUCUGAUUCAAGUGUAAUUAUUCAGCAGGCAGUACCUUCACCAACCUCAAGUACUGUAAUCACCCAGGCACCAUCCUCUAACAGACCCAUAGUCCCUGUGCCAGGCCCAUUUCCUCUUCUAUUACAUCUUCCUAAUGGACAAACCAUGCCUGUUGCUAUUCCUGCAUCAAUUACAAGUUCUAAUGUGCAUGUUCCUGCUGCAGUUCCACUUGUUCGACCAGUCACCAUGGUGCCUAGUGUUCCAGGAAUCCCAGGUCCCUCUUCCCCUCAACCAGUUCAAUCAGAAGCAAAAAUGAGGUUAAAAGCUGCUUUGACCCAGCAACAUCCUCCAGUUACCAAUGGUGAUACUGCCAAAGGCCAUGCUAGUGGACUGGUUAGAACUCAGUCAGAGGAAUCUCGACCACAGUCUUUACAGCAGCCAGCUACGUCCACUACAGAAACCCCGGCUUCUCCAGCUCACACAACUCCCCAGACCCAAAAUACAAGUGGUCGUCGAAGAAGAGCAGCUAAUGAAGAUCCUGAUGAAAAAAGGAGGAAGUUUCUUGAGCGCAAUAGGGCAGCAGCUUCAAGAUGCCGACAAAAAAGAAAAGUCUGGGUUCAGUCUUUAGAGAAGAAAGCAGAAGACUUGAGUUCAUUAAAUGGUCAGCUGCAGAGCGAAGUCACCCUGCUGAGAAAUGAAGUGGCACAGCUGAAACAGCUUCUUCUGGCUCAUAAAGAUUGCCCUGUAACCGCAAUGCAGAAGAAGUCUGGCUAUCAUACUGCUGAUAAAGAUGACAGUUCGGAAGACAUUUCAGUGCCAAGUAGUCCACAUACUGAAGCUAUACAGCAUAGUUCUGUCAGCACUUCCAACGGGGUCAGUUCAACAUCCAAGGCGGAAGCUGUUGCUACUUCAGUCCUAACCCAGAUGGCGGACCAGAGUACAGAGCCUGGGCUCUCACAGAUCGUUAUGGCUCCUUCCUCCCAGUCACAGCCCUCAGGAAGUUGAUUAGAAACCUGCAGUGCAUCAGUUUUCGAUACCCAUUAAUGACUUCAAAGGGAAAUCAAGGAAAGACCCAUUUCAUUUAUGUGAAAUCUGUGGUUGUAAAAAAUUUUUUUUUCUUACUUGAAAUUAAAUUUGGCUCUAAAGUUGGUGUAGCAGCAUUUCAUGGUCAGACUGAACAACAUUUUCAGUCUCUGGAAGAAGACUGAUUGAUUUUGCUUUUUUUUUUAUAAAUAUUGUUAGAUUUAUUAAUUUUCUGUGCUCAAUGUGUAAAUUGUAUUAUAUUAAUUGUUGUUUAUUUCACUUUUAAUUUGGUGGUGUUUUAAUAAAUGGGGGUGUUACUG